UCUUUGCAUUAAGUCUUGCUAGCUAACGUUAGCUUCCCGUGUAGUUCAUAUCAUGCGCAACUGUGUCAAAUGAGAAAAACCUCAUAAAUAUUCUGUAUUUUUUAUUUUACAUUUGACAUUUGUUGUAGGUCUGAAAUGUUGACGUCCACGUGGAAUUUCCUCAAGCGUCAUAAAAGGAAAUUUGUAUUCGCAGGGGCUUUUGUCGGAGGUGUAUAUCUUUUGGGUAAGUAUGCACAGUGGAAAAUCAGAGAGAUACAAGAACGUGAAGCUGCUGAGUACAUCUCUCAAGCAAGACGUCAGUAUCACUUCGAAAGUAACCAGAGAACGUGUAACAUGACAGUUUUAUCAAUGCUCCCCACUCUGAAAGAAGCCAUCAUACAAAAUCUGAACUCAGAGAGCCUCACAACACUACUUAAGAACAAACCAGCCAACAAGUUGGAGAUCUGGGAGGACCUAAAGAUAAUAAGUUUCACAAGAAGCAUAGUGGCUGUGUACAGCACGUGCAUGUUGAUAGUUCUCCUCCGUGUCCAACUCAACAUAAUUGGUGGAUACCUGUACUUGGAUAACUCCAUCGGCAAGAACGGAAUGGCCCCCCAGGCCCCCCCUGAUGUCCAGCAGCAGUACCUCUCCAGCAUCCAGCAUCUAUUGGGGGACGGGUUACAUGAACUCAUGACUGUGGUGAAACAGGCCGUGCGUGAGGUCUUGGGCGGGGUCUCCUUGAAACACAGCCUGUCCCUGCAGGAGCUGGAACUGCACCUGGACCAGGUCCGAGCGCACGUGGAAGAGGGCUGCAUGGCCUCCCCCCGAAAACCUCUGUCCUGUUACAUGAUGCCGGACGAGGAGAGCACGCUGGCCGCCCAGGCCUGCGGUCUGACGGAGAACGACGUCGCCACCAUAAAGCUGCUGAACGAGACCAGAGACAUGCUGGAAAGCCCGGACUUCCACACCGUUCUCAGCACCUGCCUGAGCAGAGGAUUCAGCCGUUUCCUGGACAACAUGGCCGAGUUCUUUCGCCCCCAGCAGGGGGACGCUGCCCACAGCAACGCACCUGAUAGUUUAAGUCACGUUAGUCUCCCGCUUGCCAAAAUUAUCCCCAUUGUCAAUGGACAGAUCCACUCGAUAUGCAGUGAAGUACCAAGUCACUUUGUUCAGGACCUGCUGAUGAUUGAACAGCUGAAGGACUUUUCCGCGAACGUGUACGAGGCGUUCAGCGCGCCGAACGAAAGGCAGAAAUGAGGACCGGGCCCCUGAUCGACCGCACGCGGACCGCGCCCGACCGCACGCUGACCGCUCGGAAAACGGGCCCGUCCGCGACAUUCCCGACGGACCUCCUCAUCGCGGGGCGUUCCGAGUAACCCGGCAUGACCCCUCUGUGCUUCACGCAUUCAGCGCGCGGGGGGCGGGGGGGGGGGGGCAACACAAAUGACCUGCUUCGGGGGGACAUCCAAGAAAAAAAGCCCGCUGGAGCCUAUGGCCUUCACCUUAGAAAUGGUUGAAGUUACCAUGUUCCGCUCUUGGAUGGAGUCCCUCUGAAUUGCUGACAUCACCAGUGGGUCGAGACCUUCAAUCUCAAGGCACUCUGAAUACCAAGAACCCCUCUGCCCUAUUUUGUGUCUUUUUUCAUUAUUAUUAUUUCGGAACCAGGACAUUCUUGAAAUGUGAAGCCACCCUUCCUGAAGUUAACCCUCACAUAAUGGCUAGCUCUGAUGUAUCGGUUGUUCGUGCACGCAGAUGCCAGGAAGCAUUUUCCCUAUUCUUCCGUUGCCGGUGUACACACACAUACACUACAGCGUCCAGCGCAGUGGUUCAGGUGUUGAGUCUGCCGUGGUGCUAGGUUGCAGUGGCGCCAUUUGGUUUAAUUUACACAUCAUGACAAAUUGUUAAUAUUCCAUGUUGAUCUUUGACACUUUAAGCUCAGCUAGUCAACCUAGGAUCACUGGUACAACCUCGUCCACAAUGAUGUAAGUAUAUUGGAUGUAAAUUGUAAACUGGUAUUGAGCAUUGUAUAGAACAUCUAUCUUUUUCGUACAGCCUUUUGACUUUUCCUCAAUAUUAGCCUAACUAGACAUCAGAUGUGCUGUAUCUACCAGUCAGAGAUGGAGUGUAUCGUCAAAGAAUAAAAAAGCAUGAUGGCCCUUGCUAAUGAUUUCCCUUUAUUUCAGGAUGAGCUCAGCUGGCUAGUUUUUUCUGUUUUUCCCCCUGAAUUUCUUACUGUGGCUGUCAUGUAAGAGGUUUCUUGUAGCAGUCAAAUCUGUUAGCUUUCUUUGAGCCGCUCUAUUACAAAUUCCUUCAAGCACUCAGUUUGAGCUUUUUUUUUUUUAAACAAAAAAGUACAUUUUAGCAUAAUGUGAUGUAACAAAUAAAUAAAACCCGAGAAUAUUAAUUCAAUUUCUGAAGUAUGAAUACAUGUUUCAGAGAAAUAGCAGGAAUGAAAUAUGAAAAAUAAGCUACAACAGAUUAGCAGCUGUUGUUGUUUUAAAAUGUGUCACUUUUCUUUAGCUUUCCUGGUGAUUUUCUUUAAUUGGUAUAGGAAUUUUGCAGCUGCUUGUUUUCUUGUUAUUUGACACAAUUAACACACCUUCAAAAAGAAUGCCUUCAGAAGAAUAAUUCUGUUGCUUUUAACUUUUCAUGUUACCUUUUCACUCAUGACUUCAGUGUUAAUUUAUUAUCAAGCAUCUGAAGGUGGAGGGGGUGGUUCUUAUUCAUUAAAUGGAGCUUAGUAUCACCACAGAAAGAAUGUCAAAAAAUGCGUAUGAUAUUUCACCGAUUAUUGUUUGUAAUUGGUGCCUGUAGCGAAUAAAUGUUCCAUAUAAAUCA